UACGGGCGCCGACUGCCCCUCACGGCCGCCAUGUUGGGCGGGGGUAUAGCCUGUCUGCUCACCAUUCCCUUCAUGACAAGUGCUGUGGUGUGGCCGCGCGUGACACUGGCAAUGGUGGGCAAGUUUUGCGUGACCUGUAGUUUUGGUAUCAUUUACGUUUAUUCGGCCGAAAUAUACCCCACAGUCGUCCGCAAUGUGGGAGUCGGUAGCAGUUCUAUGGUGGGCCGUAUGGGCUCCAUAUUAGCCCCCUUUGUUAAGGAACUGGUACUUCACAUAUACUUUUUAACUGCUAUUCUGUUUGUCAACGCAUUUAUAUACUACGGGCUGUCGCUGAACACGAAUAACUUGGGCGGCAAUCCGUUCAUAAACUUCCUGAUGGCCGGUGCGGUCGAGUUCCCGGCCUAUGCCCUAUGCAUAUACCUGUUAAAAAAGUACGGGCGCCGACUGCCCCUCACGGCCGCCAUGUUGGGCGGGGGUAUAGCCUGUCUGCUCACCAUUCCCUUCAUGACAAGUGCUGUGGUGUGGCCGCGCGUGACACUGGCAAUGGUGGGCAAGUUUUGCGUGACCUGUAGUUUUGGUAUCAUUUAUGUCUAUUCGGCCGAAAUAUACCCCACAGUCGUCCGCAAUGUGGGAGUCGGUAGCAGUUCUAUGGUGGGCCGUAUGGGCUCCAUAUUAGCCCCUUUUGUUAAGGAACUGGGCAUUUACACACAUGUGACGGUGCCAUUAGCCAUAUUCGGCAUAUUGUCGGUUACGGACGGACUGCUGAUCCUAUUCCUGCCCGAGACUAAUGGCAAAGAGAUUCCCGACACCAUUGACGACGUCGAGAGGUCUAAGAGUGAUACAAACACAAGCAGUUGUGUAAUGAGUCUCAAUAGCAGUAUGGAUGGCUCGUACGGCGCUGAAGGGGAAAGGGAUCUCAAGUCGAUGGGCACUAGUAUUUAAUGAUAAAUCCAAUUUCUAUUACAUUUCAACUUGUUCAUAAAAGAGUUUCACGUUAUCAAUCAGUGAUAUAAUUAAUUAUCGGUUAUACUUUGUAAGCAAACCUUUUUUUAUUAGUACUGUACACUAAUGAAGCAUACUAUGAGGGAAAGGUAGAUAUUUCUGGAAACACAUAUUCACGCAAAUGAUAUUCAUUUGAAUAAAUAGAGUCUAUACUAUAAUAAUAGUAAAGUAAAAAAGUUUUCUAAAUAUUGAUUUCAGUGAAUUCUGCACAUAAAAUAUUAUAAUGUGUUUAUACAGGUACAAUUAUUUUAUUAAUUUUU